CUGCUUCUGUGGCCGUCUCCUCGUGGACUUUGGUGGCCAUCAGCUGUGAGCGUUAUUAUGCCAUUUGUCAUCCGUUGCGCUCGAGGUCCUGGCAGACAAUUAGCCAUGCCUACAAGAUAAUCGGAUUCAUAUGGCUGGGUGGCAUCCUGUGCAUGACACCGAUAGCAGUAUUUAGUCAAUUGAUACCCACAAGUCGCCCAGGUUUCUGCAAGUGCCGCGAACACUGGCCCGACCAGGGCUACGAGCGUUUCUAUAACAUAAUGUUGGAUCUCAUCUUGCUGGUGCUGCCCCUGCUGGUGCUCUGCGUUGCCUACAUCCUCAUAACACGCACUCUAUACGUGGGCAUGGUUGUGGGCAAGGAUGUGCGAAUGCCGGCCAGCAGUGGCAGCACUCAGACAAUGGCCACGGCCGCUAUAAGCGCUACGCCUGGCAGCAGCAGCUGUGUUCUGGUCCUGAAUGUUACGGCCGAGUACAAUGGUAACAGCAACAACAACAAUGCCGCAACAAGAACAGCAGCAGCAGCAGUAGCAACAACAACAACGACACUUACAACGACAACAACAACGACACUUACAACCGUAACACCGGCUAAGACCCCAACAGCCUCGCCAAGUCUACGCGUACACGAUGCGGCGCUGCGCAGAUCCAACGAGGCCAAGACACUGGAGAGCAAGAAGCGCGUGGUCAAGAUGCUGUUCGUGCUGGUGCUGGAGUUUUUCAUCUGCUGGACCCCGCUGUAUGUGAUCAACACGCUGAGCAUGUUCAUCGGGCAGGCACUGUACGAGUAUAUUGACUAUACCACGAUCAGCUUUCUGCAGCUGCUGGCCUACUCGUCCAGCUGCUGCAAUCCCAUUACCUAUUGCUUCAUGAACGCCAGCUUUCGGCGCGCCUUUGUCGACACGUUCAAGGGCUUGCCGUGGAAGCGAGCCGGCACGGCGGGCGGCCAAUUGUCGGCGAGCCAGGCGAACGCCAACCCGGGCCUGGCUAUGGGCAUGGAUACCUGGCGCACACGGUCGCGCCACGAUCAGCAGCUGAAUUCGGUGGUCUAUACGAACAGCGCCGUGGCCGCCGAUAGUCCACAGCUCUAA